UUCAAAGUAUUAAAUGGAUAAAAAUCUGGCCAGCCAAUCAGAAACAGCCAAGUGUCAUUAAUUAUCUCUUUUUUCUUUCUCUCUCCGCGUGGGAUAAAGCCCACUCUCACUGCUAGAGAGUGGCUCACACGCGCCAGAUUUGGACCAGUGAGGCGCUGCCACGUCAGCCUCUGGGACAGAUUAAUUGGUGUUGAGUUUAUUCAACAUCUCUCUCCUCCAACACACACUCAACACCACUUUACACACACCACUACACACCAUUUUCCCAUGUUGACUUCAAUUCAACUCCCCAUUGCACUUGGUCUAAACAAGAACAAAAUAAUAGGGGAUUGAUUUUUACCGCACAACACGUGUAACAACCACAAUCUUCACCUUCCUCUCUCGUUCAUCCAUUCCUUCCAAAAUCGUGGAACGCAGAAUCAAAGGAAACUCCGAUUUUUAUUCUCCACAUUUCUCACAUUCCACAAUUUUACACUUUUGCAUCGAUCUAUGAUUAUACACUUCUCAAACUGAAUUUUCAAUUCCACAUUCUAAUUCACCACCACUGUAAUGGCGAGGAAAACCUAUUCGUCAUCCACAUUGCGUUACGUUCAACCUCGUUAUUACCUAAAAAGACCUAAACGAUUCGCACUCAUCAUUCUCCUUAUCGUCUCUCUUGUAUGGUUUGUUUAUGAUCGUCAAUUGCUCAACAGAGAACACCAGGAGGAUAUUUUGAGAUUAAAGCAAGAGGUUACACACUUGCAAAAAACACUGGAAGAUAUAAAGGGUAAUAUGAAUGACUCAGGAGGAGGAGAAAGUGUUCAAAAUGAUGAGAGUAUACAAAAUGAUGAAAGUAUCAGUAAAUUCAACAAGGGUGUUUCGGUUGAGGUUGAUGAUAAUGAUGAUGAUGAUCCUAUUAGUUUGCAACGAAGAGAGAAAGUUAAAGAAGCUAUGCUUCAUGCAUGGUCGUCUUAUGAAAAGUUUGCGUGGGGCAAGGAUGAACUUAAGCCACAAUCAAUGAAUGGUGUUGAUAGUUUUGGCGGUCUAGGGGCAACUUUAGUAGAUUCUCUUGACACAUUAUUUAUAAUGGGCCUUGAUACCCAAUUCAAAAGAGCUAGAGAGUGGAUUGCAAAAUCAUUGUAUUUCAACAAGAAUAUUGAAGUUAGUGUGUUUGAGACAACCAUAAGAGUUCUGGGUGGGCUUCUUAGUGCUUACGAUCUCUCUGGCGAUGAAGUCUUCCUAGAAAAGGCUAGAGAUAUUGCAGACAAGCUGCUGCCUGCUUGGAAUACACCUUCAGGAAUCCCUUAUAACAGAAUUAACUUGGCCUAUGGCAAUACAAAUAACCCUAGGUGGACGCGGGGAAACAGUAUUCUUGCAGAUUCUGGUUCAGAGCAGCUUGAAUUUAUUGCUCUCUCUCAAAGGACAAACGAUCCCAAGUACCAGGAAACGGCUGAGAAGGUCAUCAAAGAGCUUCGUAGAAGUUUUCCUGAGGAUGGGUUGCUUCCCAUAUAUCUUAAUCCAUUAACUGGAACUAAAUCAUCUGGAGCAAUUACAUUUGGUGCUAUGGGUGAUAGCUUCUACGAGUAUCUGCUCAAGGCAUGGAUACAAGGAAACAAGACUGAAACGGUACAGUUUUACAGGGAAAUGUGGGAGAGAUCAAUGAAAGGUCUGCAAAGCUUGAUUAAGAAGUCAACACCGUCAUCUUUUGUGUAUAUAUCUGAAAAGCUUGGAAAUGCACUCUUGGACAAGAUGGAUGAAUUAGCAUGUUUUGUUCCUGGAAUGCUGGCUUUGGGAUCUUCUGGCUAUGGCCCUGGAGAAGGCGGAAAAAUUAUGUCUCUGGCAGAGGAGCUUGCAUGGACCUGCUACAAUUUUUACGAGUCUACGCCAACUAAAUUAGCUGGGGAGAACUAUUACUUUCGCAGUGGAGAGGAUAUGAAUGUUGGUACCUCAUGGAAUAUCCAAAGACCUGAAACAAUUGAGUCGCUGUUCUACCUCUGGCGUUUCACUAAAAACAAAACAUACCAAGAAUGGGGUUGGAAUAUUUUCCAAGCAUUUGAAAACAACUCUCGCACUGAGGCAGGAUAUGUUGGACUCAAAGAUGUGACUACAGGUGACAAAGAUAAUAUGAUGCAGAGCUUCUUCCUUGCAGAAACCCUCAAAUACCUCUAUCUUUUGUUUUCACCUCCUUCAGUUAUCUCUCUCGACGAAUGGGUGUUCAACACCGAGGCACACCCUAUACGAAUUGUGACUAGAAAUGCUCAUCAAGAAGAACAGAAUACGGACCAACAGGAAAAAAUUCCUCAUCACUUGCAUGGCAGGAAAGAAGGUCGAAUUGAUUACAAGUAGUUAUGGGUUGUUGCUCUAUGAUUGUAAUAAGCAAACCCCGGAGGUAUGCGUGACUUCCUUACUCUCAAAUAUCCAGGACAGGAGUUGCCACGGUCUUGCAUUAGGGUGACCCACCAUUUUUUAUUGAUGCUUGCAGAGGGGCAACUUAUUCUGCUCUAUCAACAUACAGUUGGUUUGUCUGUCACCUCCAAUCCGAAGUUUUGCUGUAAAGAAUGCUUAGAAGAUUUUUACUUUGCUGUAGUAGUAGGAUUAAUAGGAUAAAUGUAGGUGUAAAUGCCUAUGUAGAUACUGAAACCUCUCUACUUAUUAUUUUGAUUGUUUUUGGCAUAUGUAAAUUCUUGUAUAUCAAUUCACUGACCAUCAGUUUUGAAACUUUUUGAUUCUCUGGUUCUUCCAGAUCAAAGAUUAGGCGAGCUUGAGUUUCUGUAUUAGAACCCCCUGAUAUCAAUGUUCUAGAAAUGUAACUUAAGAUUGUUGAGUAGCACUGCGCAUGAAAAUGAUAAUUCUUGCUAGUUCA